AUGCAACGCAGACUCCUCGAAUAUCCUGAGCAAGAAAGUGACUGCACAUGCAAUUGUUACCGUAACACCUUGAUAUUUCAAAAUUCCCUCGAGGAAACAGUUGUUAUAGCCAAGAUAGGAAAACAGCGGAGAAUUGUUGUAAAACAAAACGGUGGGGAGAACUUCACGUGCAAGAAUACGGUAGAUGUACAGUUCGAAGGAGGUACCCGGAUCCGAUCCAGAGCAAACACACUAGAACUCAAUGUUAAUGGAGAGGUUAUGAGAGAAAACUCUGAGAAUUCAUUGUCGUCACCACGUGGUUCACGUACGCUUUCUGUAAUACGGCAUGAUUCUACUAAUGGAUCACUUGGAACCACUACUGUUUCCGAAAAUCGACAGAAUCUAAACAUCGAUAAUACUCAGACAUGGUCUGCGUUCAAUCCUAAACGUCAAUUCUACGUGUUAAAAGCAGUCUUCAUUAUACUUUGCCUUAUCGACAUUAUGCACUGGGCAUAUCUACUAAGGGACGACACCGUAGAGAACCCAAACUCUUGGCGAUUCUACAAAAAAUUUCAAAGUUUUGAUGUUUACUAUCUUGUUGCCCGCAUGUUUGGCGAUAUCUUCACGUGUUUUCUGGGCCUCGGCGCAGCAAUGUGGACCCGCAAGUUUAUAAUGACCUUGCCAUGUACCAUGAUACAGCUGCUCUUUCUCUUCAUCAGGGCAGCUGUUUGGACUGCACGUGGAUACAACAAAACAUUACUGCAUGUGGAAUCAACAAAAGAAGAUAGAAUGUUCGUCGCAUGCGAGUUUAUACUUCCUACCGUGUGGGUAGUACUCUCAAUACUGAUCGUACGUACUAUGAAGCAACUUCGCUCUUACGAACAACUACAUGGUUACGCGCAUCCUCCUGUCAUAGUGCUCACCGUUAAGAACGAUGAUAAUGAUGAAAGUGUACAAAUAGAAAUAGCGUAG